AUAAAAUUGAAUCAUCAGAUGAACUAGGUGCUAAAGAGCAUAAUAUUUGGAGAAAAUAUGACAAUAAUACCAAUUCUGCAGAAUUAGCUCAUGCUUUAGUAAAUAAGGAAGGAAAGCAAUUAAAACUUUUAUCAGCUAUUCUACAAAGGCGAUAUGAUGAAAGGUUAUUAAAAAUUAAACAAACCUAUAAGAAUUCAGGUAUACCAUAUACAAGAAAUGACAAAAGUAAGGUUAAAAGACAACAAACUGCAGCAAAUAGAAAUGCAACAAGAUAUAAGUCUACAAAUGCAAUUGAAGUAACAGAAAUGGAAUUAAUGAAUAAUGCUGAGAGUAUAUCAAUGGUACAAAAUAACAGUAAAAAUAACUCAUUUUUAGAUAUUAAAUUAGAAGAAAGAAAAAUUGCUUUGUUAGAACGUCAAACCAGAGUUAGAAAAGAAGCUGCUGAAGUGGAGGCUAUUGAAUUACAAAACCAGCAGUUGAAAGCAAGCUUGG